AUGGAGGCCGAAUCUGUGACGCUUGCCGUGCUCGUAAGCGAAAAGAAGAUUGAUCUUAUUGACCGCCGCCUGGACGGCGUCGUACGUCUUCUCGAAGACCUCAAGUUGCAACUCCCCACAGUCGCGACAGCUGCGGCCUCGGCUUCGUCCGCUCCCGCCGCCGCUGCCAAGUCUGGCGCGCUGCCCUCGCAACCCGCCACCACCUCGACAUCGACCCCUGCCAGCCAUGUCAACACCGUGCAGCCGACCGGGCCCAUGCUCGAGGGCGAAUCAUCAAUGACGGCCCAGUCCAUAUUUGCUCAUGAGUUCCUUCGCAAAACUGUCGGUGACAGCGCAUCAGUUCUCGAGAUGCGGGAAACCCUCGACGCCCUCCACUCGCUCGUCGAGGGGCUGAAGCAGCAGUCUGCUUCUCAUGAACUGACGUAUGCUCAUGCCAGGCCUGUUCCACGGCCGGCCUUGAGUGAAUGGGAAAUGCCUCCGGUACAAUCUGCAGUCAGCGUCAUCCGCGAUGCUAAAGCGCAGCGAGUGCUUGGCGUUCAAUGGGUCAACAACUUUUUGCAUCCGGAUCACUUUGUAGAUCUCACACUCAAAGUCUUCUUUGCCCCAACUGAAUUUAAUGAAGCCGAGUUCAUCAUCGUCAAUGCCGGACUGGAGAGUCUCUACCUGGAUAUGAUCAUGACAGGGAAAAUCACGGAACAACAAAAGGAAGAGUACACCAAGAUGAGCGCGAUCUGUCGUGAUAACCUGGAGACCGCCCUCGCCAACCUUCCCCUACAUCUGCCAGCAACAAUGGACAUGAUUGUGGCUUUGCUCUUCGGGGCGUACCACGCCGUCGAGGUAGCAAAACCGUCCCUUGCAUGGACGCUCAACUGUGCAGCGGCUCAGCUGUGUCAAAGUCUCGGAUACCACAGAAUAGCUUCUGUAAGGAGUAGCAACAAGGACGACGAGGACUACAAGAUCUUCCUGUUCUGGUCCGUGUACUUUGUAGACAAGAGUCUGUCGCUCCGUCUUGGCAGGCCGUCGAACAUCCAGGACUACGACGUCACCGUCCCAUACCCGUCAAGUUCAAGCAAGAUCCACGGGGCGCUCAUGAGCUACUUCUGCUUGUGGGUAAUCGUCUCGAGCAUCCAGGGGAAGACGUAUGAGCAGCUGUACAGUCCUGAGGCACUCUCACAACCAGCUUCCGUCCGUGAAGGUCGCGCUCGGGGUUUGGCUGCGGAGUUGCAGCGCGUGACGGAGCGCACGCAAGAGACUCACUUUGACCAGGCGCAAUAUCUUCAAGCAGCGAUUGAGGCCGUCGGUGAAAACACCAUGGACUUUUUCAAUGUCUCAGAUGAGGUUCUGAGGUUGUCGUUGUUGACCAUCAUCUACCGAGCCGUGCCAUCGCCUCCCGGUUCCCCGACGACAUUCAGCACCGAGUGCAUCGAUGCAGCAAGGGCGACCUUGCAAAGACACCAGGACUGUAUGAAGAUCAUGGCAAAAGACGGCUAUUAUCUUUUCCCCAUGUACAUGAACUGGACAAUUCUCUUUGCUCCGUUUGUCCCGUUCAUUGUGAUUUUCUGUCAAGUCAUGGAGACCAACGACGCAGCGGACCUCGCCCACCUGCAAGCAUUCGUCACAUCGAUACAGGCCGCCAAGGAGUUCACUGAAGCGUCAGCCAGGCUCUACCGGCUGUUCCACGUGCUGUACAACGUGGCGUUCCGGUACGUCGAGAUGCGGAAGGACUCGCAGCAGUCGGAGCAGGUGCAGGCUAGCCACGAGAUGGACAAGUAUCUCACGGCGCUCGGGUUCCCGCCGGCGGGGCUGACUGGCGGUGGCGCCGAUCGGCAGCAGACCGGGGGCGAAGUAGGGAACCCGGAGCAGAUGGGGUCGCUCGAGGACGGUAUGAACCCCGCCGGGCCGGGACCGCUCAACCAGAUGAUGUGGAUGGGCAAUGCGUCGCAGCUGGAGGAUUGGUUUUACAGUAACCAGCAGAUGAUGGGUCUUGUGGAAGACGACACGUCGUUUUUGCAGUGA